AUGGAUUUAAAGAAAAGGUUAGUGGGAAUAGUGUGUUUGGUCAGACCAGAGAUAGAUAACCAGAGAGAGGGAGAGUGGAAUGACGACGGAACACCAGCAGUCGAAGAAGAAGAAGAUGGAGCGACGGAGAUAAAGCUGUGGGUGGAGAAGAUUACGGUGGCACACUGGUGGCAGCGGCGCGGUGCUUCUGCGGCGGCUGUUGUGGUGGUUAUUGGCGGAGUUUGCUGCAAAGAAGUGCGUGAAACUCGGGAAGCUGUUGCAGAGAGGAGGCCUUUUGACUUUGGCAGGGAUGCGAAAACCGGGCUGAACAGGUACUUGACCCCAUGGAAGACCAGCGAUGAUCCGUCUUCUGGAGACUAUGAAUUCAAGCUCGACAUUAAUGACAAGUCUGUGUAUUCGAGAUUGUUGGUGAACCCAUCUGGCGUUUUACAAAGAUACACAUGGAUCGAAACGAGCCAAAAUAUGAAAUUGCUAGAGACUUCGAGUGCUUUUAUGAAUCAGAGUAUGAGUCUUUCGGAUUGUGAAAUGGUUUGUAAGAGAAACUGUUCUUGUACUGCUUAUGCGACUAUGGAUAUAGUUGGAGGUGGGUCUGGGUGUGUGAUUUGGACUGGUGCUGCGGUGGUGAAGUGUUGUUGA